CAUUCGCUUCAAUCGCUCAGUCGGCAAUCAACAGAAACAGCGAUGAGUUCCCCGGUCAGCGAGUCCAAGCUCAAGGAGUACUACGAUGUGGCCCUGAAACUGGUCCUCAAGUGCGGGCCUCUGAUGCAGGAGGGCUACCAGAAGCCCAAGACGGACUACAAGGUCAAGGCGGACUUCUACGACCUGGUCACGGUGUACGACAAACAGAUUGAGGACAUCCUGACCGAGGGAUUGGUGGCGGCCUUUCCCGAGUCCCUGAUCAUUGGCGAGGAGGAGUCGGCCGCCUCGCAGCGCCAGGCGGAGCUGACGGACGCGCCCACCUGGAUCAUUGAUCCCAUCGACGGCACCACCAACUUCAUCCACCGCAUCCCGCACUGUUGCAUUUCCGUGGGUCUGGCCAUCAACAAGGAGCUGGUGGUGGGCAUCAUCUACAACCCGCCGGCGAAUGAGCUGUUCUCCGCCUACAAGGGUCAUGGAGCCUUCCUAAACGGCCAGCCCAUCCUCACGUCCAAAGUGACGACGAUCAACCAGGCGGUGAUUGCCUACGAAAUCUCCCUGAUCCACGCCGCUGGAGUGAGAGACAAGAAUGUGAAGCGACUGUACAAGAUGGCCUCCAGUGCCACGGGAACGCGCUGCUUCGGCAGUGCAGCCUUGACCCUCUGCUACGUGGCCACCGGGCAGUGCGACGCCUACCAUGUGGAGGAUCUGAAACCCUGGGACAUUGCUGCCGGGGCCAUUAUCCUGACCGAAGCCGGAGGCACCAUCUGUCACACCAGUGGAUCCAAGUUCGAUGUGAUGAAACCCGAUUGCGUGUGCGCCUCCACGCCGGAGUUGGCCAAGAAUGUGAUUAGCCUUAUCGAAGAGGCCGGCCAGAUUACUGAGUACACAUUCAAGUAGAGCUUGUAACUGUGUCAGUAUGCAAAGUCAGUAUCCACUUAUCAUUUGUGAAUCAGAUGUAAACUAUUGUAAUCGCGAGAGAUUAAACAGAAAUAUUCCAGUACAUAAAA